UUCCAAACAAGAUAUUAAACAUCUUAUCUUUUUUUAUUGCUCUUUCGAAUACAAAUUUAGAAGUUACAGGGAAAAAUUACAACUUUCUUAUAGUUGAGGGACCGUAAUGUUAAUUCGUGCUUCUUUCUUUAGUUCAUCUGUUCCUCUAUACUAUUUUGAACCUGAACGAGAAAAUAAAGCCGAAAAUUCUUGACGACGCGAAAAUCCAAAUUCAAUGGAGUCUUGCCCUUCUGUAAAGAACAUUCUACUUCUUGAUUCAGAAGGAGAUCGAGUAGCUGUUAAGUACUAUUCAGAUGAUUGGCCAACUAACAACGCUAAAGAAGCAUUUGAAAAGUCUAUUUUCACCAAAACUCAGAAAACCAAUGCUCGAACAGAAGCUGAAAUAGCAAUGAUUGAGAACAAUGUUGUGGUCUACAAAUUUGCUCAGGAUCUUCACUUCUUUGUCACUGGUGGAGAUGAUGAAAAUGAGCUCAUUUUAUCAACUGUUCUUCAGGGUUUCUUUGAUGCAGUUUCUCUUCUGCUUAGGGGAAAUGUGGAUAAAAAGGAAGCACUUGAAAAUUUAGAUCUCAUUUUGUUGUGCCUUGAUGAAAUUAUCGAUGGAGGAAUCAUUCUUGAAACCGAUGCAAAUGUUAUUGCUGGAAAGGUUGCUAGCGAUAGUGUAGAUUCUGGAGCUCCUUUGUCUGAACAGACAAUAAGUCAAGCAUUGGCAACUGCACGUGAACAUUUUACAAGAUCUCUUCUCAGUGGAUAAGGAUGCUGAUUGGAGUAAAAACUAAAAAGUUGCCCAAUCAUGAUUUGAAAUUGGAUGCUUUUGCAAAUUAGAGCAUACACAUGAGAUACAAGUGUAAUGAUUUGUAGGUAAUAUGGUUAUAACUGUUUUUUAUGAUGAUGAUGACAAGGGUAUUUAUGUCUUUUGUACAAACGAAAGUUUGAGAGCGAGUCCAUGUCCCACCUUUUUGAUGGGACAAAAUAUUCUUGGACAAACUUUUUUGGGUUAUUUUCAAUACUAGGGAUGAAGAGGUUAUUUACGUCUUUUUAUAGAUCCAAUUUGUUCUACUUUUUCGGCGACACAAUAAAUUGCAAUUUUAAUUACAUUGAUAUCUUUCUAUCGAUCUGUUACAUGUCAAAUCCAAUAAAAUGUUGUUGUGUGUUGUCUUGUCUUGCUUAUGUAACAAAUAAAACCUUAGUGAUUAUAUAUGAUAUGGACCUUUUCAUUCAAAUAU